AAACAUUGUCCCUUUGUCUCUUUGUUCCUUUAAUAUAAUUUCGCCAUGAAUGACGGUAUUCCUCCUCAGAUCCCAUUACUUAUGAACCCGUCUGAUUCAGCCGCCACUGGGUCUCAAACAGUCAUCAGCAUUCUUCAUGGCGACAUUUACGUCUUUGACAUUUAUUUUUUCUUUGAUGCUCGAUCCAACACUUCAACGAUUCUCAAGAAAUAUGAUGAAUCCCAUAGUGAUGAUAUUACCAAUGUCAAAUUUCAUCCUACGAACCCUGCACGUGUCAUGACAGGACUUUUGGAGACAUUCGAGGGGUCAGUUAAUCCGGCUUUAGGAUUAACAUUGGAUUAUGGGAUCGACUGCCAGUAUGAACCAGACUCGGGACGUUUGUACCUCAUCUCUGGAUCCAAUGAAGCCGAUUCAUUACAACUCUGUCAAGUAUUGCAGGGUGGACACAGUGAGAUUGUCAGGAGUACAUGCUGGGACCCCAAACGUGGGAUAUUGUUUUCAGGAGGCGAGGAUGCCAAGCUUGGGCUAUGGACAUCCACUGCUAGUACGACUACACCCUCGCCUCUUGUUGCCAGUGCAUCUUCAAACAAAGCUCACCAUUGCAGCUUAAGUAGGUCUGCUCGGUCAAAUCCAUACUAGAGGAUACUGAGUGACUAGAUUGAUAUCUUUUUUCAUACAGCAUUCUUCCUUCUCUGAUAAAAACUGAUAAAAUUAAAAGUACA